UUUUUGAUUAUUCUAUUUUUGACUUAUAUCAAUUUUAUAUAUAUAUAUAUAUAUAUAUAUAACUGAAAUAAGUCAAGAAUAUUUAUUAUGCAAUUCAAGAGACAUAAAAAUAUCACGUCUUUAUCAUUCGCUUUUCUCAAGAUUAUGACUUCCACAAUCAAUAGACACACAAUCAGCUACAAUCGAAACGAUAACUGAUACCCCUUGCUAGCAUGAGCCACCAAUUAAACGGAAAGAGAGUGAUAAUCCGUCUCAAGUAUUUAAGACAGUGCGAGUGCGCACUUUUAUUUAGUCUUUCGAAGUCCUCUGACCAAACAUACGAAAAAUGAUAGAUAAACUCAGUAUUACAGUAGCACAAGUGAUAUUACUCAUAGCUCUUUGCAUUGGAUCGGGAACAAGUUCAGUGUCUGAUGACGGAAAACCAGGAUGCCGGACUCGAUAUGAGUUUACCAGGCUUUGGCGUCACUCAACAGUGAAUGAAAAUUUCUGGGAGUGCACAAAUUGGCGCGAAGCGACUCCAAGACAGUGUCCCAAGCAAACUCAGUUCCAUGAGUGGUGGCAAACGUGUGUUCCAGCUCAAAUGUGGGACGAAACUCCAUUUAGAUCACCACCAACGAGUGCGUAUGAUGAUGAAGACGCUUGUGAACCGCUUGAAUUUGAGCCGCAAUGUCCACUUGAACCUGGACCAACUGAGCCUACCCCAGAAGAGCCCACCACAGAAGAACCCUCAACAGAUACCACCCCAGAUGAGCCUGAGAGUACUACGGACAAUCCUGUAACAGAACCCUCUACAAAUAGCUCUCCGGAGGAGCCUGAGAGUACUACGGAAAAUCCUGUAACAGAACCCUCUACAAAUAGCUCUCCGGAAGAGCCUGAGAGUACUACGGAAAAUCCUGUAACAGAACCCUCUACAAAUAGCUCUCCGGAGGAGCCUGAGAGUACUACGGAAAAUCCUGUAACAGAACCCUCUACAAAUAGCUCUCCGGAGGAGCCUGAGAGUACUACGGAAAAUCCUGUCACCGAGCCCUCUACAAAUAGCUCUCCGGAGGAGCCUGAGAGUACUACGGACAAUCCUGUAACAGAACCCUCUACAAAUAGCUCUCCGGAGGAGCCUGAGAGUACUACGGAAAAUCCUGUAACAGAACCCUCUACAAAUAGCUCUCCGGAGGAGCCUGAGAGUACUACGGAAAAUCCUGUCACUGAACCCUCUACAGAUAGCUCUCCGGAGGUGUCUGAAAGUACACCGGAAAAUCCAUCCACAGAACCAGAGGAAACAACUCCACCCAACACAGAGAGCCCAACAGUACCAACAACUCAAUCCCCAUUCAUGAAAUGCCCUGGUGCUGAUGAUACACACAUGAUUGAGGGUAGUCUGAACUGUGCACGACCUACUUGCACAAAUGACUUAUAUCAGAGUCGCAUGCGUCUACCAGCUGUGGAUCCUGGACAGUACUACACUUGUCUCACCCCAACUGUUCUUAGGGUGAACACUUGUUUGGAGCCGAAACAUUGCUUCAGCUACGCCUUACAGGAGUGCGUUGAGCCAGAGCGAUGGUUCAAUCCUUGCGGAGCAGUUUAAAAUAUGGCAAAAAGCGUACAAUAUUGACGUGU